AAUGAAACAAAGGAGGAGAUUAUUCCAAUGCUCCACCGAAACAAAACUCCAAAACCUAACACUCUUUUAUAUUGAAAUCCCAACCAAGCUACAACAAAAUUUUAAUACUCCAAAGAUUCUUAAAAUUAUUUUCCUUUGUUUCUCUCUCGCAAAGUCUCAAUGAAUCAAACCAAUUAUAACCUGAGUAUUACUUUACCAGAGGGUCUUUUACCAGACCCAGCAUCUCCAGAAUGGCUUUCCAAAGCAGACAAUGCAUGGCAACUCACAGCAACCACCAUGGUUGGAGUUCAGAGCGUUCCUGGGCUUAUAAUCUUGUAUGGAAGCAUGGUGAAGAAGAAAUGGGCUGUUAACUCUGCAUUCAUGGCCCUUUAUGCCUUUGCAGUGGUCCUCGUUUGUUGGGUCCUGUGGGCCCACCACAUGUCUUUUGGUGACAAACUCUGUUCCAUAGUGGGGAAGCCCGGUUUGGCCGUGACAAAAAAGUUUCUGCUGCGACAAUUUAAAUAUGGCUAUAUACCAAUGGCUGACUUUGUGUAUUAUGAAUUUGUUUUCGCUGCAAUUACUGUUAUAUUGCUUGCAGGUUCUUUGCUUGGGAGGAUGAAUUUCUAUGCUUGGAUGUGGUUUGUGCCUCUUUGGCUCACCUUCUGUUACACUGUUGGAGCUUUCAGUGUUUGGGGUGACGGUUUUCUUGAGAAAUAUAUUAUUGACUAUGCUGGUGGAUAUGUGAUCCAUCUUUCUUCUGGUGUUGCUGGUUUUGUUGCUGCGUAUUGGGUAAGUGUUACAUGCACAUCAAAAUCAAAAUCCUUUUAGAUGGAUCAUAAAUUUAUUUGAAAAAUAUGCGCUCCAAGAAAAAUGAUUGAUUGGCAAUGCAAUGUCUUUGUGGGACCAAGGCAGACACAUGACAGGCAACAUUUCCCUCCUAACAACAUAAUUCACAUGUUAGCAGGAGCAGGAUUUCUAUGGCUGGGAUGGACUGGUUUCAAUGGUGGAUCUCCAUUUGCAGCAAAUGAGAUUGCGUCAUUAGCCAUUCUCAACACCCAUAUAUGCACUGCUACCAGCCUCUUAGUAUGGGUUUCUUUAGAUAUGGUCGUUUACAGGAAAAGCUCUGUUAUUGGUGCCGUACAGGGGAUGAUCACUGGUCUUGUCUGCAUCACACCUGGUGCAGGGAUUGUGGAACCAUGGGCGGCAAUAAUAAUGGGAGUCUUAUCAGGUUGGAUACCUUGGUAUACCAUGAUGGUUUUACACAGAAGAUCAGCAUUCUUCCAAAGUGUGGAUGACACAUUGGGAGUCUUCCACACACACGCGGUAGCUGGUUUUCUUGGGGGAAUUCUCUCUGGCAUCUUUGCCAAACCCAACGUCUUAGAGAUGAUGUAUGGUACAGCCAACCCUCACGGUCCUGGCUUAUUUUAUAGCAUCCUUGAUGGGAAACUAAAGGAUGGCCUCAAACAAAUGGGGUACCAGCUUGUUGGAGCAGCUUUUAUAACAAUAUGGAAUGCCGUCGUUACUAGCCUUAUUUGUUUCUUGAUUAGUUUCAUCGUUGAUCUUCGGAUGAGCGAGGAGGAUCUUGAGAUUGGUGACGAUGCUGUGCACGGUGAAGAAGUCUAUGCUCUGUGGGGAGACGGCGAGAGAAUGCCUGGCUCACUUCGUUGGAACAUGCCUCAGAGAAUACCCUCCAUUUGCAUGCGAAACCGUUUAUCAAAUCUUCAAUAAGUUGCAGAUUUGGCAGAUGGCAAGAAGUUCUCAAGCUCACUAAAUUGACACAAACGUCGGGAAAUCCCAGCAUCUUCCUGCAGCACCAUCAGAAUUCGCAUAGGAUGUUAAAUUUUCUCCUGAGCAGCCACAACCAUAGUUGUUCUCUCCCUCCUCCCUUAUUCAAAGAAUGCAGCAGCACUCGUUGCUGCAGCUUUAAUUCAAUUCUGGUAAAUUCUUGCAUGAGUACAUGAUAUAAUUAUGUUAUAUUCUCACCCUAUGUUCCUAACCACCUACCUAUUUUAAUAGGUUACUGAAAAACGCAGAACAAAUUAAAAGGAAAAACAAAAGCUUUUAAAACCAUCCAAUCAAUAUUAUAAAAAACAAAAAAUAAAAAAAUAAAAAUCCUGUAACCAGAGAGAUUAAUCUGGCCCGGUAACAAGUUCACGCAUUUUCAAGCCAACCAUAUUAUCCCUUUUAAGACUAUCCAAUUUUUUUAUAUGAAAAUGGAAGUGUAUAUUUAUCAGUAAAAAGUAAAUAGUGCCACCUUCCAUAUACUGUAACUCGGCA